UGCAAAAAUUCCGCGAAAUUUCUUACACCGCAAAACGCCUCCAGAAAGAGAAUUUUCGCAGAUAUGUGGUAGGUUUGAUAGAGAAACCAGAGUUGCCGGCAAUGGACAUAGAUCUGAGCGAUGAUAGGGACGUCAAUAGAUAUUAUUAUUACAUUUGCAACGGAGUUGAUACGAUUCAUACGGCGCACAUCGAACAGGUCUUCAUCGAUGCGAUACUCGACCUGGUUUCCAGCAACUUGCGCGAUCAACUUCCCGAUUUUACCAAUAAGAUAAUGGCCGAAAUCAAGGAAGACUUUACAAAGAAUAUCAAAAAGGCCAUCGUCAAAUUUGCACUCACUGAUCCUGACGAAGAAUAUCCUUCAGAGUUUGAUGAGAUCAAGGAAGAUCAGCGACUUGUUCCGCCGGAUUUUUGGAAACACAUAGAAUACUGUCGCGAAAUUUUACACAACGAUUUGUAUUUAAUAAAUCCGUGCAUGCGAAGCACUCUGGAUUACUGGUUUCGCGAUUACAGCAAAUUCCGAUUGAUCAAUUUUGAGUAUAUCUACGCCCACAAAGAAAGCUGGGAUUUAGUGAAUUUUGAUACCUUAAUUACACAUCAGAUCGUUGCCAAUAGGAAGAUUUUGCAGGAGGACUGGUACAGUGAAAUUCAAGAGAUCUUUCUCGUGAACAAUAGGAAGAAACUGGUGCCUAGCCUGUUACGUCGCAAGCAAUUCAAACGAUUCUUCGAUUGCGCCGGCAAGUUGAUGGAGUCACAUCUUUUAAAUGCUUGCAAGCUCUCUCUGCGGGAUUUCAUUAAUUAUGUCAUAGACGGCAAGCCUGUGGCUUGUAGUUUUAAGGUGAACAUUGCCAUCGUUUCGAAUGAGCUCGUCUUCGAACCGUUCUUCGAUAAAUUUAAGGAAUUGUUAUGCAAUAUUCUUGAUUCGAUUUGCAACGCCGUGAGGAAUUUUGAAAGAUUGGAGACGCAACUCUAUCUCGACUGGACGGGACCUCAAGAAUUUCUCAAGCCGCAAAUAUCGGAGUACAUCGUCGAGCAGUUCAAGAGACAAAUAAAUCAGCUGAUCGAUUGCGAAAAAGUGAUCCCGGAGCAAAAGAUAGCAGAAUUGGAAAAAUACGCGUAUCUUUUCAACAAUGAAGAAUUUAAUCGGGUGGAAGCUUUUUUGCAAGAUGAGACGAAGAAACUGAAGGAAUACAAGAUAAAAAUUAAGAAUUAUCACGAUCUCGCCAGAGAAAUUCCGAUCAAAAUCGAAAAAACCAUCUUCGCGGGAUUCUUCGAGGUGUCCCGCGCUCCUUUUAUCAAGACUAUCGUAGAGAACAUUGAACAUUUGAAAGAACUUUUAAUUCAGUAUCUUGUCGAUAAAUAUCAAGAUACGACAAAGAGUGUCAUAGAGGAAUAUGAAGCUAUCUCUAAACGAGCUCUGACCCCACCUCCCAAUACUGCGGCUUUGAUGGAACUCAUCAAGUUCAUCCAAAUUACCAGAGACGUCACUGUAAAAAAACUGGAGCUCAAGCUGCUGAACGUGAUGGAGCAUAUCUUGUUUCUGUCAGAUUACCGGCUAUUCUCGCAAAGUGAAAUAAAAAAUAACAGUAUGGCCUUUCAAUGGUAUCACAAGAUGCCCCAGAUCUUGGAGGAUAACCGGGUAAUCAUAGAGAAGAAGACGCUGGAAUUCCAAAAUGCCUUGAAAGUUAGAUAUCAAAAAUUCGAGGAGGAAUUGAACUUAUACGCAAAACAAGUGGAAGAGGUGCAAUAUUGGAGCGACAUCGAGGAGGUACACCGAUAUCAAUAUAGGGCGCAGCAAUUGGAAGAUCGGCUGAUCAUGGCGAUGGACAAGAUCGCCAAGUUCAACGACGAAGAAGCCGUCUUUGGCUGGGCGUUCACGCAAUAUCCUCUGCGAAAACAAAUCGCUGACCGUCUACAACCAUGCAAGAAGCUUUUUGAUACCAUCUGCGAGUUUCUGGACAAAUAUGAUAAGUGGAUGAACAGCAUGAUUGGCACCUAUAAUCCUGAAGAAAUCGACAACGAUGUGGCAAAUUAUUAUAGGGUAAUUUACAAGCUGGAGAAGUCAUUAUACGAACAGGACGUGCGGGAUUUGGCGGUCACGAUUCGCGAGAGGAUCGAUGAUUUCAAGGAUCGAAUGCCGAUUGUGAUGACCCUCGGCAAUCCAGGAAUGAAGUCGCGGCACUGGGAACAAGUUUCGGAGAUUAUAGGCAUUCCCAUCAAGUUCGAUGCGGAUCUGACCCUGGGCAAGAUUCUGGCGAUGGAGCUGGACGUUUAUAUCGAUCAGUUCGAGAUCAUCUCCGAAGCUGCCACGAAGGAGAACACUCUGGAGAUAGGCAUGGACAAGAUGCAACGGGAGUGGAUCGAUCUGGCAUUCACAGUAAAUCUUUACAAGGACACCGGCACCUACGUUAUCGCCGGCGUCGACGAGAUACAACUCCUGCUCGACGAGCAUAUCACGAAGACUGUCAUUAUCAAGAAUUCGCCAUACAUCAAGCCCUUCGAGACAAGAAUAUUGAAAUGGGAUAGAACGUUACAUCUGCUGGAAGACAUUCUGAAUCAAUGGUUAAAAGUACAGGGCACGUGGAUGUACCUGGAACCAAUUUUCACUUCGCCGGACAUUCAACAACAGAUGCCGGAAGAGGGAAGAAAAUUCGUACAGGUCGAUAAGAUAUGGCGGGACAUCAUGAAGACUGUCUACAGCGAUCCUCGAGUUCUCGUCGUUGUUCAGAUCGACAAGAUGCUGGAGCGGCUGAAGAAAGGUUUCGCACUACUAGAGCUUAUUCAGAAAGGAUUGAAUGAAUACUUGGAGAAGAAGAGACUAUUCUUCCCAAGAUUUUUCUUCCUCUCCAACGACGAGCUGUUGGAAAUUCUUUCCGAGACGAAGGAUCCCACGCGGGUGCAGCCACAUCUGAAGAAAUGUUUCGAGGGUAUAGCUCGAUUAAAGUUCAACGAGGAGCUCGAGAUACUGGCAAUGCGAUCCGCGGAAGGUGAGGAGGUUGCGAUCCUGAUAAUAAUAUCCACCUCCGCUGCCAGGGGACAGGUUGAGAAAUGGCUGAUCGAACUAGAGACGGAAAUGAGGAAAAGUGUUUGUUAUAUGGUGCACCAAGCGAUCCUGGCGUAUCAUACGAAGAAAAGGACGACCUGGGUCCUUGAAUGGCCCGGUCAGACUGUCCUUUGUGUGGGUCAAACAUAUUGGACGCAACAAGUCGAGGAGGCUAUGAUGGAAGGAGUGACUGGCUUGAAAAGAUACUUGGACCAGUGCCAGGAGCAGCUGAACGAUAUCAUCCUGCUGAUCAGAGGCACUCUCUCCAAGCAAAAUCGCGUUACAUUAGAGGCUCUGGUUACUCUGGAUGUUCACAGCAAGGAUGUUCUCAAAGAACUGUACGAAGAACAAGUGAUCAAAAAUACCGACUUCAAGUGGCUAUGUGUACUUAGAUACUACUGGCUGGAAGAUAGCAUGUGGGCGUACAUGAUUAAUUCAUACAUACGUUAUGGCUGUGAAUACCUCGGCAACACAUCUCGUCUGGUGAUCACCCCCUUGACGGAUCGAUGCUAUCGCACCCUCUUCGGCGCCCUGAGCCUUCAUCUCGGCGGGGCUCCAGAGGGACCGGCUGGUACCGGUAAAACUGAGACCACGAAGGAUCUGGCAAAGGCGGUGGCGAAGCAGUGUGUGGUCUUCAACUGCUCCGAGGGUCUCGACUACAUCGCAUUGGGAAAGUUCUUUAAGGGUCUCGCCUCGUGCGGCGCCUGGUCCUGUUUUGACGAAUUUAAUCGUAUCGAUCUGGAGGUCCUGUCGGUCGUGGCGCAGCAGAUCCUCACGAUCCAAUGCGCCAUCAACGCCGGCGCCGAGAAGAUGGUCUUCGAAGGUACCGAGAUCUUCCUCGACCAUACCUGCGCCAUCUUCAUCACCAUGAAUCCCGGCUACGCUGGCAGAACCGAGUUACCCGACAAUCUCAAGGCUCUCUUCCGGCCCGUUGCCAUGAUGGUGCCCGAUUAUGCCCUUAUCGCGGAGAACACUUUAUAUUCUUACGGCUUUUAUAACGGCCGACCCUUGGCCGUGAAGAUCGUUACCGCUUACAAACUCUGCUCGGAGCAGCUCAGCAGUCAGCCUCACUAUGAUUACGGUAUGAGGGCUGUUAAGUCUGUGCUGAUCGCUGCUGGCAAUUUAAAACUUCGCUAUCCUGAAGAAUCCGAGGAUAUCUUAAUGCUAAGAAGUAUCCUGGAUGUUAAUCUGCCCAAAUUUUUGAUCCACGAUUUGCCACUCUUUGAAGGAAUCGCCUCGGACCUAUUUCCGGGUGUCGUGUUACCAACGCCAGAUUACACGCACAUAGACAUGUGCACGCGUGAAGCCUGUAUUGCGGCAAAUCUGCAAUGCACGGAUUACUUCCUCGAGAAGAUCCACCAGAUUUACGAAAUGAUGAUCGUGCGCCACGGCUUUAUGAUUGUCGGAUUUCCGUUCGGAGGCAAGACCUCGGCCUAUCGGAUGCUGGCCAACUGUCUCAGUCUUAUGGAGGAAAGGGGGUUGAUGGACGAACAUGCCGUGGAGAUCACCGUUAUCAAUCCCAAAGCUAUUACGAUGGGCCAGCUGUAUGGACAAUUCGAUCCCGUCUCGCACGACUGGACCGACGGUGUCCUGGCGGUGUCCUAUCGCGCCUUUGCUACUUCCAUUAAUCUCAACAGAAAGUGGCUGAUAUUUGACGGACCGGUGGACGCUAUCUGGGUCGAGAGCAUGAAUACCGUGCUGGAUGACAAUAAGAAACUCUGUCUCACUUCCGGAGAAAUCAUACAUCUCGCACCCACGACAAACCUGAUCUUCGAACCUAUGGAUUUGGAGGUUGCAUCGCCUGCCACUGUUUCUCGAUGCGGCAUGAUCUAUAUGGAGCCGGUGAGUAUGGGCUGGACACCACUUUUGAUCUCGUGGCUUAACACAUUACCGCCAUCAUUCACUGAGGAUAUUAAAAGCCAUUUGAAAGAUAUGUAUCUACGAUUUUGUCCGCCUCUGUUGCAUCUGAUCCACCGUUGCGGCGCGAGAGAAAUGAUAACAAUGCCGGAUGCCAAUUUAACAAGUUCACUUAUGCAUUUGUAUGAAUGUUUCCUCGAUGAUUUUUAUGAUUCAAAAUAUGUGAACAUGCUUUUGGACAUUGGUUUGGACAUGAAAUUGGACGCGAUGAGAGCGCAAGUGGAGGGCAUCUUCUUCUUCUCGUGCAUCUGGACGAUAGGAGUGACGUUGAUGAUCAACUAUCGCGAGUGGUUCAACGAUCUUUUCAGGGCUUUAAUGGACCGCGAAUUCCCGGAGGAAGUGCGGCAACGCUUCGGCAUAUCGCCGGAAAUUGGCAAUCCAAAGGAACCUUACAUAGUGCCUUUACCGACCUACGGCUCAGUCUUUGAUUACAAAUACAUCAAGGAGGAUGAGGGUAGGUGGCAAUCUUGGCUGGUAGAUCUGCAGGACGUCCCGCCGAUUCCCAAGGACAUGCCGGUUAAUCAGAUUAUCGUUUCAACGGUGGAGACAGUCCGUUACUUUCAUCUCUUCUAUUAUCUCGUUCGUCAUCACAAGCCGAUUCUUCUGGUCGGCCCGACCGGCACUGGAAAAUCCGUCUACAUCAUGGAAUUUCUGCUGAAGAAGAACAACCCUGAACUCUUCUUGCCGCUCUUCGUGAUAUUUUCCGCACAGACGACAGCCAAUCAGACGCAGGAUAUCAUUAUGAGCAAGCUGACCCGGAGGAGGAAAGGUUUGUACGGUGCGCCCCCGGGUCAGUAUUGGGUGGUCUUCGUGGAUGACGUAUCGAUGCCGCAAAGGGAGGAAUACGGGGCCCAGCCGCCCAUCGAGCUCUUACGACAAUGGCUGGACCAUUGGACCUGGUAUGAUCGCAAGGAGAUAGUGCCCAUCAAUCUCGUGGAUAUUCAGCUAAUAUGCGCGAUGGGUCCGCCCGCGGGCGGACGUGACGUCACGCCGAGAUUUAAACGGCAUUUUGUCACCCUGGCUAUUCCCGAGUUCGAUGACAAUGUCCUGAUUACCAUUUUCGGCACGAUCACCUCCUGGUACUUCGUUACACGCGAUUUCCCGGAAUUCUUCGAGCAGUGCGUGGAUUACAUAGUUUACGGUACCCUCGACAUAUACAAGGAGACCAGGCAGAACCUUCUACCGACCCCCGCCAAGUCGCAUUAUAUGUUUAAUCUGCGUGAUUUCUCGCGCGUUAUCCAAGGCGUGCUGCUCUCCGACCCCAAUGUCAUCACCAACGUGGUCUUCUUAAAACGUUUGUGGGUACACGAGGUGUUACGAGUCUACGGAGAUCGUUUGGUCGACGAGACCGAUAGUAAAUGGCUGGUGGAACAAAUUCGGGAGACCAUGAAAUUGUACAUGGAUGAAAAUAUGGAUGCCUUGUUCUACGAUUUAGUGAGUACGCCUCGCGCGAAAGUGACGGAAGUUCAUCUGCGCAAUCUCGUUUACUGCGAUUUUCACGAUCCGAUCGCAGAUCAGAAGAUAUAUAUGGAAAUCACUGAUUGGAAUGCGCUCGCUGAAGCGGUGGAAGAAUAUCUCGCCGAAUAUAACGAAGUCUCGAGAACUCCCAUGGACUUGGUGCUCUUCAGAUUCGCGAUAGAACAUCUGUCAAAGAUCUGUCGGGUGAUGAUGCAGCCGCGUAGUCAUGUACUUUUGGUCGGCAUAGGCGGUUCCGGUCGACAAUCCCUGACAAAGCUGGCGACUCAUAUAUCUGACUAUGAGCUCUUUCAAGUGCAAAUAUCUCAAACGUACGGUAUGUUUGAAUGGCACGAGGACCUGAAGGAUAUUUUGCGCAAGAGCGCCACGAGCGAGCUGCACUCGGUCUUCCUCUUCAUGGACACGCAGAUUAAGGAGGAGAGCUUUUUAGAAGAUAUCAGCAAUCUGCUUAAUUCCGGUGAAGUGCCCAAUCUCUUCGCGUCCGAUGAAAAGUCCGAAAUUUGCGAGAAAAUGCGCAUCAUUGAUCGGCAAAGAGAGAGGGCCGUGCAGACGGACGGCAGUCCGCUGGCGCUCUUCAACUUCUUCGUGCAGACGGUGCGCGAAAACCUGCACGUGGUGGUGACGAUGUCGCCGAUCGGCGAUAGUUUUCGCACGAGAGUCCGCAAGUUUCCCGCCCUGGUGAACUGCUGCACUAUUGAUUGGCUGCAACCAUGGCCGAAAGACGCUCUGCUGGCGGUCGCGACGAAAUUCCUCGGCAAGCUCGACAUGCCGCUGGACGAGCGUUACGCUUGCAUCGAGAUGUGUCAAUACUUCCAUAUGUCUACGCAAGACUUGACCAGGGACUACCUGAGCCAAGUGAAUCGUUACAAUUAUGUCACACCGACGUCUUAUCUCGAACUCAUCAACACGUUCAAGGACCUGCUAAACCGGAAGAGGAAAGAGAUAUUAGAAGGUAAGAAGCGAUACGAGGGCGGUCUUGACAGACUAGACGGCACGCGCAAAGAGGUCACUAAGAUGCAACAGAUGCUGGUGGCUCUGCGGCCGAAGCUGUUAGUGGCUGCCAAGGACGUGGAAGCUAUGUUCCUGGAUGUACAGAAACAGAACGAGGAGGCUAGCGCGAUAGAACAAGUUGUUCAAAAGGACGAGGAGGCUGCUAUGGUCGUUGCCACGGCGGCCCAAGCGAUUCGUGCCGAAUGCGAUGCAGAUCUGCAGGAGGUGAUGCCGAUCCUGGAUGCGGCAAAUGAAGCUCUAAAUACUCUGACACCGCAUGACAUCCACAUCGUCAAGUCCAUGAAGCGACCACCGGCCGGCGUGCGAUUGGUCAUGGAAGCAAUUUGCAUAUUGAAGGACGUCAAACCACAAAGAAUACAAGGUCCGGAAGGACCGUACGAUGACUACUGGAAAGCGUCGCUUCGCAUUCUGGGCGAUAUACGGUUUCUGGAGUCGCUACUAAAUUUUGAUAAGGACAACAUCCCGGAGCGAAUUAUGACGAAGAUUCGCACGACGAUCUUGACGAAUCCCAACUUCGAUCCGGAACGAGUCAGGCACGUGUCGACCGCUUGCGAGGGUCUUUGUCGCUGGGUAUUCGCGCUUUCGGAGUACGACAAGGUCGCCAAGGUAGUAGCGCCGAAGAAACAGGCACUUGCCGUAGCCGAGGCCGACUAUUCCAUGGCGAUGGAGCAGCUAACGCUGAAGAGGAAUCAGCUGCAGGAAGUGCGAAAUCGAUUAGCUAGGCUGGAGACUCUAUUGGCGCAACGAAAAGCCGAAUAUCAAGCGAUGACCGAUGAAGUGAAAGAAUGCGAGGAAAAGCUGAGGAGGGCCGAGGAGCUCAUCGGGGGUCUCGGUGGCGAGUGCGCCAGAUGGUCCGAUACCGCCGUAUCGCUCGGAGAACGCUAUAACAAACUAACGGGCGAUAUUCUGAUCGGUUCCGGGAUAGUGGCUUACCUCGGUGUCUUCACGCUGCAGUAUCGGCAACGACAGAUAGAGAACUGGGUGAAGUUUUGCACCGAUUUGAAUGUCGUCUGUACGCAGGACUUUCAACUGACGCAGGUGUUGGGCGAUCCGGUGCAAAUCCGCGCCUGGAUUAUAUUUGGCCUACCGAACGAUCUGUUCUCGAUCGACAACGCCAUAAUCGUCACGAAUUCGCGUCGCUGGCCGCUGAUGAUCGAUCCGCAGAGCCAAGCGAAUAAAUGGGUGAAGAAUAUGGAGAAGGCGUCCAAUUUGCUCGUCGUGAGACUCACGCAGCCGGGUUACAUGAGAAUCAUGGAGAACGCCGUACAAUUCGGACAGCCUGUGUUAUUGGAGAACAUAGAAGAGGAAUUGGACGCGGCUCUGGAACCAUUGCUGAUGAAGCAGACCUUUAGAUCCGGCGGAGCGUUGUGCAUCAGGCUCGGCGACAGCAUCAUUGAGUAUUCCGAUAGAUUUCGAUUAUACAUCACUACAAAAUUACGAAAUCCGCAUUACUUACCGGAAAUAGUGGUGAAGGUAACCCUGUUGAACUUUAUGAUCACUCCGCUCGGCUUGGACGAUCAACUUCUAGGCAUAGUUGUUGCAAAAGAAAGACCCGAACUGGAAGCCGAGAAGAAUCAGCUGAUAAUUCAAGGAGCGGCUAAUAAAAAGAUGUUAAAGGAGAUAGAAAAUAAGAUUCUGCAGGUACUAUCCGCGGCCAAGGAGAAUAUCCUCGAGGAUGAAACGGCAAUCAGCGUGUUGAGUUCGUCGAAGAAUCUAGCCAACGAGAUUGAGUCUAAACAAACUGCUGCCGAGAUAACCGAGAAGUCCAUUGACGCGGCGAGAUUGCAGUACACGCCAAUUGCAGUCUACAGUACCGUUCUCUUCUUCACGACUGUUAUGUUAACGAACAUCGAUCCGAUGUAUCAGUACUCUCUCGUCUGGUUCGUCAAUCUCUUCAAGAACACGAUCGACAAUACACCACAGGUGGAGAACAUAAAGCAACGUCUGAAGGACCUUACCAGAUGUUUCACCUAUUCCCUAUAUGUCAACAUAUGUCGCUCGCUCUUCGAGAAAGACAAGCUGCUCUUUUCGCUCUUGCUAUCUGUAAAUUUGAUGGAAAAGCAAGGCCAGCUCUCGAUGGGCCAAUGGAUGUUCCUGCUGACCGGUGGCAUCGGUCUCGAGAAUCCUUUUGUUAAUCCUACCGACUGGUUACCUGCGAGGUCCUGGGAUGAACUGUGUCGAUUGGACGAUGUGUCAGGAUUCGCGGGAAUAAAAGAUUCAUAUACAAAGAGUACCGACGAGUGGAAAAAGGUGUUUGAUGACAAGGAGCCUCAUAUGGCAGCCUUUCCUGCUCCUUGGGAUAAACUGACUAAAUUCGAAAAAAUGUUGGUGCUUCGUUGCAUUCGACCUGAUAAAGUCAUAUCCGCGGUGCAAUUAUUUGUUGAAGAGCAAUUAGGACAUGAAUACAUCGUGCCGCCGCCUUUCGAUCUGGCGGCCUCUUUCGCUGACUCGCACUCUUGCAUCCCGUUAAUAUUCGUUUUGACUCCCGGCGCGGAUCCCAUGGCGAUUCUGUUAAAGUUCGCCGACGAUCAGGGAUUCGGUGCCACCAGACUCUUCUCAUUGUCGCUGGGCCAAGGGCAAGAGGUCAUCGCCGAGGGUCUCAUCGACGAAGGCGUGAAAAACGGCACCUGGGUGGUGCUGCAAAACUGCCACGUUACUAAGACCUUUAUGCCCAUCUUGGAAAGAAUAUGCGAGAGCUUCACGAGGGAAACCGUGCAUCCCGACUUUCGACUGUGGUUGACGAGUUACCCGGUCGCACAUUUUCCGAUCAGUGUCCUUCAGAACGGCGUAAAAAUGACGAACGAGCCUCCCAAAGGAUUACGCGCGAAUAUUUUGCGAUCUUACCAUCAGGACCCGAUUUGCGAUCCCGAAUUUUUCGAUACGUCAAAGCAACGGGAAAUCUUCAAACGGCUGCUUUUCUCGCUUUGCUUCUUUCACGCCAUCGUGCAGGAACGGCGAAAAUUCGGGCCGAUCGGUUGGAACAAUCAAUAUGAAUUCAACGAGACGGAUUUGCGUAUAAGCGUUCUGCAGCUCAAGAUUUUGCUCGAUCAAUACGACGAUGUGCAGUUCACCGCAUUAAAGUACUUAACAGGUGAGUGUAAUUACGGCGGUCGUGUGACCGACGAGUGGGACCGACGGACCUUGAACACGAUCUUGAUGCAAUACUACUGCGAGGACGUGCUUGUGACCGACCGGGAAUAUCUGUUCGAUCCCAGCGGCCUUUAUUACGUACCGGCAGUCACUGAGUAUAGUCAAUUCCUGAAGUACGUGAGAGAAUUGCCAAUGACUACCGCGCCCAGCGUCUUCGGUAUGCACGAGAACGCCGAUAUCAUCAAAGAUCAACAGGAGACUUAUCUGAUGAUGUCCUCUAUUUUGGCUACUCAGGACACCGGUCAGGCGAAAACAGAUGUUGAGAAAACGCCGGACGAGAUUGUUCACGGCGUCGCGUCCGACGUUCUAUCGAGGUUGCCGUCAGACUAUAACCUGGUGGCUGCUCUCGAAAAAUAUCCUACGUUAUAUGAGCAAAGUAUGAACACCGUGUUGGUUCAAGAGAUGGGUAGAUUCAAUAAACUUCUACAGACUAUCAGGAGCAGUCUUAUAAACAUCCAAAAAGGGAUCAAAGGACUUAUAAUUAUGGAUUUCGAUCUAGAGGAAGUUUACAUGUCCAUUAUUAUCGGCAGGAUACCCAAGAUGUGGAUGAUGAACUCUUAUCCUUCUCUGAAACCGCUCGGAAGCUAUGUAUAUGAUUUUCUGAAAAGGCUACACUUUCUGCAGACUUGGUAUGAGGAAGGUCCUCCAACAACUUUUUGGAUUUCUGGUUUCUACUUCACACAAGCGUUCCUUACCGGCGCCCGUCAGAAUUACGCAAGAAAGUAUUCCAUACCCAUUGAUCUACUGAUUUAUAAUUUUUUUCCUUUGAAAGAGACCGUUUUCAAAAAACCACCAGAUGAUGGGGUGUACAUUUACGGAUUAUUUCUCGAUGGUGCUCGUUUCAAUAUGACAACUAUGAAGCUUGAUGAAUCUUUGCCGAAAAUACUUUACGAUGUUAUGCCAUAUAUUUGGCUAAUGCCAGCAACGAAGGAUCAAAUACAGGAUGAAGACACAUACACGUGUCCCGUUUAUAAGACCACCGAGCGUAGAGGUGUUCUGUCAACCACCGGUCAUUCUACCAAUUUCGUCAUCGCGAUCUGGUUGCCGACAUCGCAUCCGCCGGAACACUGGAUUCUACGAGGUACCGCCUUGCUGUGCCAAUUGUCGGAUUGAUCCUAUUUAUUACUUGCAUCGAGAAGAUUAUCAAAAGAUCAAAAACUUUAAUAAACUCUUUUGUCUUAAAAAAAUAGCGCUAAUAAUUAAUCUUUCUCUUUAAUUAAUCUUAACGUUAAAUUUGAUAUUAUCUUUAGGGAUAAAUAUUUGCUUUGAUAAAUUUAAGACAUAAUAAUUUUCUUUCAGCAUUAAAUUUCUUAUACUUGUAUGAUUAAGAAAAACAUAUAAAUUUAUCCUUUAAUUUUCUUAAGCUUUUGAUAAUCGUAAAAUUUAUAUCAUGGUAUAUAACACUUGCAUUAGUGUCACACGAUAUACACAUAUAGAAAGGAAGAAAUUUCCU